AUGCACAUAAGGUUUUCUUUUUUGUGAAUUAAACAACCCAUGUCAAUUAGCUUAAGUAAUAAGUCCCCUGGCUUUAGUGGCCCGCUGCUCCCUGCCGGUGCCAACCCAUAAACCAAAGCACCGUCCAGCGCAGAGCCAGAGCGACGUCACGCGGUUAGGAGAGGGCGUCAGUGCGCCUUCACGGGCUCAUCUCACACUCUGAGGCAUGUUUACCGAGAGGAGAGUUUGAUCCGACUUGGGGGAGCAUGUGGACUGACUGUCACCGUGUCCGGGACCAUGAAGAAGAGCAACAGAGCCGGUCUCCGUUUCUUCCCCUCUGAGAUGUAAGAUGAGAGCCUUUGUGUUGAGUUUGAUGAGUUCGGGAGGAUUUCUAAAGGGAACAUUAACAGUUUACACAGAAGAAAUGUCCACAACUGCAAGUCCAACCAUUCCCUCCUCACAGCUGACAUCGGAUCAACUCACAGUGGUCGCUGCGUCUUUUUCUUCUCUGGUGUUCUUUGUGGUUAUCGUGGUGCUGCUGUCCAUUAUUUACCGCAAGGAUCCUCAGUGCUGCAAACUGCGCUCCUAUCAGGGGCCACAUGCAGAUAUGGAUGCUCCUCCUCAGUACUACAGCAGCAGGCAGACACUGGUGGGGUCUCCUUGUCUCGAGCAGACUCAGAUCAUGGACGACACUCAGGCAGGUCAGCUUUUCUACGUCGGCCUGCCCUCCAGCUACAGCCUGCCCACACUGGAGGCCCCCCUGCCAAGGCUCCCCUCCUACGAGAGUGUCCGAAAGAAGGACCGCCAGAGGCAGAUCCACAUGAUGAUCGCAGACCGCUUCGGCCUCAAUGGGCCCAUUGUGACCGAGCCUCCUCCAACAUAUGAAGAGAGCAUCCGCCAGUCUUUGGAGCUGCCAUACAACAUCCUCUCUUCCAGUCUGGACAUCUCAUCUCCUCAGAGCAUCUACACCAACACAGGACCCGACACACCUCAUCCAGUCAGCUCCGACCCCGACAACCCUGUUCCACCUGUGUGAUGCUGAUCAAGCUCCCAAGCUGCCUGAUGAAUGUGAAAUACAGUUUUAUACAGAUGAAUGGUUAACAAAACAAUAUGAGUGUUGCAGACUGAUCACGAGUGGAUACUUCACGCUUGGCACGAGCUGAUUCAGAUACCUCAAGACUGAGUUUAUGUCGAGAGACAGCAGAUAGUGGUGCGCACCCUUCAGGAGAGGCUGUACACAUCUGAAUGUUAAAAACACUUUGUGACAGUUGACUCUACCGUGCUGAGAAUCACUGGAUAUUAAGAUAGACUGAGGUGGCUGGUACAUCUACAGGACUACAAAAUACCAAAAAAGGGAACCACUAUUUACUUUGUUGAUUAUAUUCUGUCGGUUAACACUGGUCUCUAUUGUUUGCUCUUUUAUUCUGCUGUUCCUGAGCCACGAGGCAUUGUUGUCUGGUUUAUCAGAGACCUGUUUGAUUAGGGGUUGUUGUAAAGGAUGUUUCUGUACCCUGCUGAGGCUGCAUGUGAUUCAGCCUGUGGGAGUGAGAAUUAAAAAAAGGUGCUAAUGAAAGUGCCUUCCAUGAAGUAUAAUAAGACACAACAUAAGACGUGUGUUUUUUUAACCACUUUGCUUCUGUUAAGGCAGAUUAUGGAACUGAUGUUGAUUUCUCAUUGAUGAAACAUUUCAUCCUUUAUAUUGAUAUUAGGUCUGUUAUUCUGCUCUCCAGAAGACUUAAGAAUGAAGUGGAGUGAACAUGAAAUGAACCUGUUGUUUUUUUUUUGAUCCCACUAGGUUCCUUCCUACAACCUACCAUGCACACAUGCCAAAUGUUUGUCCUGCACAUUGUCAUGUACUGUAUUUAUUGAAGAAAAAAUAGUGACUCCACAUUAUUUCUCAUGUAAAAACAU